CCCUGGACAGCCGCCCUCUCCCUGGACUCCGGCGUGACCAGACUUCCUAAACCUGCUUCUGCAAUGGGUAAUGAGGAGCUGUGGGUCCAGUCAGCCUUGGAGAUGCCGAAGAGACGGGACAUCCUGGCUAUUGUUCUCAUCGUGCUUCCCUGGACGCUGCUCAUCACCGUAUGGCAUCAGAGCCCCAUCGCCCCGUUGCUCACUGUGCACAAGGAUGAUGGGAGUGACUCAAGGCGGGACCCCAGUGUGGACUCCAGGGAGAUUUGCAUGUCUGACCGGGACAUCGUGGAGGUGGUGAGGACCGAGUACGUGUACACGCGUCCCCCGCCCUGGUCAGACACCCUGCCCACUAUCCACGUGGUCACCCCCACCUACAGUCGCCCUGUGCAGAAGGCUGAGCUGACCCGGCUGGCCAAUACACUGCUCCAUGUACAAAACCUCCACUGGCUGGUGGUGGAGGACGCCCCACGCCGGACGCCCCUGACUGCUCGCCUCCUCCGGGACACCGGCCUCAACUACACACACCUGCACGUGGAGACACCGCGGAACUACAAACUGCGGGGGGACGCCAGGGACCCCCGCAUCCCGCGGGGCACCAUGCAGCGCAACCUCGCCCUGCGCUGGCUCCGGGAGACCUUCCCCCGCAACGCCAGCCAGCCCGGCGUGGUCUACUUCGCUGAUGACGACAACACCUACAGCCUGGAACUCUUUGAGGAGAUGCGCAGCACAAGAAAAGUGUCAGUGUGGCCUGUGGCCUUCGUGGGAGGUCUUCGGUACGAAUCACCUCGGGUGAAUGGGGCAGGGAAAGUGAUUGGCUGGAAGACAGUUUUUGACCCCCACCGGCCAUUUGCCAUUGACAUGGCUGGCUUUGCAGUCAACCUGCGGCUCAUCCUGCAACGAAGUCAAGCCUACUUCAAGCUUCGAGGAGUCAAAGGUGGCUACCAAGAGAGCAGCCUUCUCCGUGAGCUCGUCACCCUCAAUGACCUGGAGCCCAAGGCCGCCAACUGCACCAAGAUCCUCGUCUGGCACACACGAACAGAGAAGCCCGUGCUGGUGAAUGAGGGGAGAAAAGGCUUCACUGACCCCAAUGUGGAGAUCUGACACCGGGGACCCAGGAGACUCCCUCUCACAGACCCUACUCUUGGCCUCAGAGCCUCUCUCCCCCUUGGCUGUGGGGGCCCUCAUGGCAGACUCCUGAACAAUCCCUGUCACCUGUCCUUCCAUCAAGGAGGCUACGGAGAAAGCCUGGUGGGACACGAGGAAGAAAGAAAAAUCAUCGAAAGCACAGAAAUCCCAGGCCUGUUGUUCUCCUCUGCCCAAGAUGACCAAGAGACUGAGUGGGAGAUCCUGAGAGUCGGGGAGU